AUGGGAGCCAUGCUAGAAACAAGAGGCAUCAAUGCUGAGAGUGACGAAAGUGGAAACGGAGCUAGAAGUUCCCAGAGACGGCAGGUUCCGUUCAUGCGCUUCCCGAGCUCGCUACUAUAUUGGUAUUGGGACGACAUGGACAAUGAUCUUGAGAAGUUAGAGGAUCAGAAUUUCCAAGGUGAGACUAUGUUGGGUCCAUUUGGUUGCUUUGCGGCUGUCAAUCGGUACAAAUCCGAUUUAAACUUGUCUCGACCAGUCUCCCUGGCGACGUUUAGUCCGUCAAUAUCCAAUAUAAUCAACAAUAGAGUGGAUGAAAAAAGGUAUUCUGCACCCAUCGGACACUCUUGGACUUCUCGUUCCCAUAAAGGGUCAUAUCUUCCUGCGCACAUGAAUGCACUGUUUAGGCUUUCACCUAUUUCAACUACUCCUUCAUCCCCGAUACCUUCCAACAUCUCCGUUGCAAGUUCCAGAGAAUGCAACGACGAAAUCAUCCCAAGAAAGAUAUGGAUUCACCCCAGGUUCAAUAUAGAUGCGUCUUUGACAUAUAAGGUGCUAUUAGGAGACGCCAAUGCUGAAUAUAAAACAUCGCAGAAUCUUCAGAAGGUAGUGUUUUCUGAUUAUUACGGAACAACGGACGAACUACAUUGUAGAAUAGUGGAUAAGUUUGAAAUAAGUGAUAUUACAUACACCAGACGCUUUGAAAUUCGACUUCAAGAGGCUAUGGAAGCAUUGAAAAUUCAUAAUCCAAGUAAAGAGAGUCAGCAAACUGACUUUCAAUCUCUACUUAAAGCUUCCCUGGUCCAUGACCUUUUAAGAUUGUUUGUGAAGACAUCUAAGAACCUUUUUUUCUUGUCGUUCAAGGGAUCUAUUCUAGAUACACUGGUCAUUCCUAUGGUUUAUAAAGCAGUUGGUGAGUUGUUGAUAGGAAGUCAUGGAACAAAGAUGUACGAUGAUGUGAUUGAUGAAAGUGAUGAGAAGGAUCAAGAGAAGAAUAGAGUUCCUUCUCGUUUGUAUUGCAUCAUCUUGCACCAAUCAUUGAUCCUGCUGGCACUUUCUAUUGCAUCCUUUAAUCAGUACUCUCUCUUGUUCAAUAGUUUUGGAACUUAUCAAGGCUCUUUAGAUUAUUUGAAGUGCUGCAUUGCCUUCAGAGAGAUCUCUUUGAUGAAUUUAGCGAGGAUAAUUAUCCCUUUGAUAGGAGACUAUUCCGAAGAUGAACCAAUCAUUGUUUUAAAUCGUACUCUGCUUGAUAAACUCGUCUCUUUAGGACUUGCUGAGGAGCUCUUAGUGACAUUGAUUUUGGCCAUUAAGCAGGAUGAAAGUCUUAAUAUUAUUCUCAAUUAUAAACUUCUCUAUGCGGUACUACAAGGAGUUAGAGAGUACUUUAUUGGCCUUCAAUUGGAUGAUAGUGGGCUGGAAAGCGUUCUGGUUUGGUCCAAAUAUAUGUAUUUCUUCUAUUUUGCUACAGCUACCAUUGAUGUGGCUCAUUACCAAAUUAAGGAACCUGGGUUUGAGGACUUGAACGAGAAUUACAACUUGAUUGAAAACUUUCAAUUUGAUGACUCUUUUGAGCAUAGUGAAUAUGCCAAAAUUGAAAUUAAUGCACAUCAAGAGAAAUCCAAGGGAGAAGAGGAAGACGAACAGGAGUUAGAAAGGGCUACACUUCCAAAGAGACUCGCAAAUAGACCUCCUGUUGAAGAUAAACCACCACGAUCAUUUACAGUGAAGUUCAGGUUCAACGAAGAGCAGGAAAGUGAGGACGGGGGAUAUGAAGGAGAGAGUAGUGGAGAGGAUGCCCAUGAGAAAUCAAGCUCGAGCUUUCCCUGGAGAAGCCUCAACGAGAAAACUAUCAUCAAUCAUAAUGGUGAUAAAGUGAGUGUUCUUACGGGACUCAGUAUAAAGCCAUCCAAAAAGAUUUUGAAAGAAGAGUUGCUAAAAACAGGGGAAAUGAAGCAAAUAGAUAUUAAAGUCCCGUUCGAGGUCGACAAAACAGGCGAAAUCAGUUCUCUGGAAAUCAGUUACGGUAUCCCUACGUCAUUAUUGGAUCUUAUGAUUCGAACAGUCACGAUCUCUAAUCAUAAAAACUGGUUUCAACGAAAGAAGGCAUUUCCUAGAAACUUUCCGAAGUUUUGCUGUGAUUUGGAAGAGGAUCUAAUGACCUGGAAGCUUCCAUGGAACUUGUAUAGCCAAGAUGAUGUGGUGACCAAUAAGAGUGCUCAUCUUAAGUUCCACAGUCUCUUCCAUGAAACUUUGCAUAAUCUAAUCUUUUGCUUUUACAACAGUAUCCUGAUGUUCUUUUUUCGAAUCAUCAAAGACACUGAUCCCAGCCUAUUACAAGAUUAUGUGGAAUCCACUCUUUACCAUUUGGAAGAGCUUCAGAGGAUAUCACUGGAUCCAGAGUUUUCCAAAAAGGUUCAGAUUUCUCUUCCAUUCUGGUGCUUUUUCAUAUGUGGCUCGGAUGCUGUUAGCCAUUCAUUGCAAUCGAAAUAUGACAACUUAGGCCGGAUUUGGUCUGGUGUUGGUGAUAAAUGGAUCGGCAAGCAGAUGGUGAUGGAGAUAUGGCGUGGACGUAAUUACGGUAUUAGUAUUGAUGAGCAGAUGGAGGAAUCUGAUAGAGAUGCAUCGGAAGAAGAUAAAGAAACAUCGUGGCUAGAUAUGAUUAAAGGUUGGGAAAUGUCGGGAUUUCAUUAA